CAAGCCUCCUACUCCCCUCCCCCCUCUCCCACUCCAAAACCGAAAGUUUCUCCGAGUCUCAUCUCCUCGCGUGCCAAUGCUGCCUUCGGCCGGGGCGGAUGAUGGGUAUCCGCCAAUAGGGUUCUACUUCCGCCCCUCCGACCGCCUCAUCAUCGGGGGGGUACCUCGGCCCCAUGGCGAUCCACGGGCAGAACUGCGCCCUCCACAGGCAGGACAUGGUGCAGGGCGUGGACGUCUUCGCCGCGACCCCGGACGCGCUCCCCUUCGACCAGAGGCUUCACGUGAGGGGGAACGGCGACGUGCGGGCGCACUUCUUCGGGGACCGGCCCACCGACAUCCGUGGCCGCGAGGUGCCCGGCGGGGCCUGGCUGCCGUGCGGCGUCGGCGGCGAGGAGAAGGCGUACUCCGGCGCGGAUGGCGAGGAGACCGUCGCGUACCGGCGCAAGUACGAGUUCCGCUACCACCGCGACGAAGCCGGCGGCGGGGAGACGGUGGUGCCCGAGCACGAGCAGCCGAGGUGGCGGUGGCGGAUGAAGGAGUACCGGCUCAACAAGGAUGCCGCCGCGUUCCACCGCGCGCGGGCGCAGCCCAACCCCAAGGCGAACCUGGAUUGCGUGGUCCGUGUGAUCUACACCAAGGAGGACGACGAUGUCUUCGAGGGUGAAGAGGAUCUCCCCAUGGACGUCGACGAGUUUGACUCCGAGGAUGAAUACGCCGACGACUCCAUGGCGGCGACGGUGGAGUAGAGUGCGCUCGGUUGCGUCUGUCGAGGAUACGAUCGGUAGGUGCUACUCUACUUGCAUCCCUCUUCCAGGCGAUCUGAGAGUUCGAGAAGCUGGCUCGGCAUGCCUCCCAUCAUCUACUUGUUGGCUUAUUAGCAGCAGUUAAAAUUCGAUUUGUUUUUUUUUCCUCGUCAUAUUCUGUUUUCCGAUCUUACCUCUCAACCGCUAACGAUACUAGGGCAUACUUUGGUUCCCAUGAUUGUAGCUGGGCUGUGGCUGCACUGAAGCAGCCGUAUCAUCAUUUUGCUACUGGGCAAUGUUUUUUUUUUUACCAAGGAAACUAUGCUCACUGCCGGUUUUAUAGCAUAACCCCAAAAUUAAGUUGGUGAAAUAUGUACA